UCUUUAAGAUCACAGUCAGGAAGUGUGUCCUGCAUGCUGCGUUCGCCGCUCGUUCACCAACUAGUGAAACUGACGCACACUGGCACUGGGAGACUGGCACCAUGCCGUACUAACCUCUCAGUGGACAAUUAAACAGGAAGAGAGGAGGUACAGGCUCAUUCACACAGGCAAAGUCUCUCAUUGGCAAAGUCAUUGGGAUUGUGACGAGACAGCCACACAUGAGCUCUAUGUAGAGACCCAGAGACCUCCUACAGAAAAUACCAUUACACGUGCAUACAGUACGCUGAAAUGGACCGUUUUGUUGGUCGGUGUGAAACCCAAUGUGACCGUUGAAAAUAAAGAGAAAUUGUUGAGUCUUGGAAAGAUUGUAAGGAAAAAAACAGCUGAAUUGGAUAUUUCACUUGUCCAUUUUGAAUGAAGACUGAUGAGGUUUUCUCUUCAUAUUGAGUGAAGACUGCUGAGUUUUUCUCUUCAUAUUGAGUGAAGACUGCUGAGUUUUUCUCUUCAUAUUGAGUGAAGACUGCUGAGUUUUUCUCUUCAUAUUGAGUGAAGAUUGAUGAGUUUUUCUCUUCAUAUUGAGUGAAGAUUGCUGAGUUUUUCUCUUCAUAUUGAGUGAAGAUUGCUGAGUUUUUCUUUUCAUAUUGAGUGAAGAUUGCUGAGUUUUUCUCUUCAUAUUGAGUGAAGAUUGCUGAGUUUUUCUCUUCAUAUUGAGUGAAGACUGCUGAGUUUUUCUCUUCAUAUUGAGUGAAGAUUGCUGAGUUUUUCUCUUCAUAUUGAGUGAAGACUGCUGAGUUUUUCUCUUCAUAUUGAGUGUUCCCUCGGAAUUUCACAUCUUCAACAUUAAAACUUCAAUCAAGGGAGGGUAAGGACAUUUUCAUUUAUGCAUUUAAUGUAAAUAAUGAUUAUGUUUGACAGUGUAUAACAAUUCUGCAUAACAAUUGAAUAUUUUUUUAUGUCACAGGGAAGAGUAUACAUUCAAGCAUUUCAAUGUAGUUUUUCGUUUAAUGGCCUACGUCACAGCACAUUCUUCUUGAGCUGUCCAAAUCAGACUGAAUGAAUGCAGAUUCAUGUAGGGACAUCAAGUGUAUUUUCAGGAAUUUGGCUCAAAUCUCUCAUCAAGUUGUAGAAACAUCUUUUUAAAGGGAUACAGCCUAUAGACCCCUGAAUGGAUCCAACUUUGAAAAUGUGCCUCGGUUGCCAUGGCACCUGUUACUGCACUGAAUGUGAUUCUAAGCUGUUUAGACUCCUUAUGUAAAGCGGAAGGCCAAGCGGAUACAGAGACAGACGGACGGACGGACGGACGGGCGGACAGACAGACAGACAGGUGGAGAUUUACUUCUGGGCGUGAGGAUGAACGGCAGCCAAUCAAACCUGUCUCUGAAGUGUGUGCGUGACACCAGUGUGACGGCGGUGGUCUUCCCCUGUCUCUACAGCGCCCUCUUCCUGUUUGCACUGGUACUCAACUGCCUGGCUGCAUGGAUCUUCUUCAACAUCCGUAGCACCACCACCUUCGUGGUCUACCUGAAGAACGUAGUGGUGGCGGACCUGCUGAUGACUCUGUCCAUCCCGUUGAAGGUCCUCGCGGACGCCGACGUGGGCUCCUGGCGUCUGCGUGCGUUCUACUGUCGCUACUCCGCCGUCCUCUUUUACACCACCAUGUACAUCAGCAUCCUGCUCCUGGGGCUCAUCAGCCUGGACCGCUACCUCAAGAUAGUCAGACCCUUUGGGAAGUGCGCCCUCCAGAGGGUCGGGGUGGGACAGGCCUUGAGUGCAGCCGUCUGGGCUGUGAUGGUGUCUCUGGCUCUGCCCAAUGCCAUUCUGAGUGACCGCACACCGCUGUUCUCUGGUGGCCGGCUGAAGUGUACCUCUCUAAAGGGUCAGGCCGGCAUGCUGUGGCACGAGGGCUUCAACUACUUCUGCCAAGUGGUGUUUUGGGGAACACUGGCUCUGAUGCUGCUGUGUUAUACUUUCAUCAGUCGUAAAGUCUACGAGUCCUACAGAGCCUCGCGUAGUGGCUCCAAAGCGGCCAGCCGCAGGACCAAGGCCAAAGUCUUUGUGGUGGUGGGGGUGUUUUUCGUUUGUUUCGCCCCUUUUCAUUUCGCCAGGGUGCCCUACACUCUCACCCAGACCCGAAACAUAGACAACCACUGUCGGGCGCAAAACGCACUCUACGUUGCCAAGGAGACCACUCUCUGGCUGUCUGCCACUAACGUGUGUCUGGACCCGCUGAUCUAUGUGUUCCUGUGCAGGGUGUUCCGGAAAAGAUUGACUGCCACACUCAACCGCAAGCCCCUCCCCCAGGGCGGUUUGGAGUCGCCCACGGCAACCUCCACUCAGCUGGAGAUGUCUCAGAUAGUACAUAACAGAAUGUUGGAUGUCAAUUCGGCCUAGAAGCACAACGGGCAUGUUUUUUUUCAGCUCUAUUAAAUUGUAAAUAUAUUUCGGCAAGAUGUUAACCCCUGGACAGGUUGUGACCAGAGUAAAGCCAUCAAAUCAUUUCUGGAAAAGUGGCUCUGUUACUAAGACAGAGUUGCAGGUCUAAUAGGCUAUAUAAACAGCAGUGUUCCCACAUGACCUCUGUGAUAGCCCAUGUGUGACGAGUAUUUUGAAACAAAAUGGCUGGUGUUACAUCAGAUAACUGCAGCAGGGCUUUCUAAAUAUCAUCACCAGACACAAGAGUCAACCCAGGCUAAUGUGUCGGUCUCUAAUGAUCGCAAAGUCAUCCUGUCUUUUUUUUCUCAGCGUAAUUUACUGUCAGCUCUCACUUCCCUUUUCCUAAUCUUCUCCAAAAAAUACUUUCCUUCUUCUUCAUUUCACCAGAAAGGAAAACAACUCGACCGAGUGCUUUUAGAUAAUGUGAGUGUGACGAUGUAACAUACAUGCUUACGAAAUGGUAUGUUGUUUGUGUGUAUAGUAAUGUAGUACAGUAGUAGUGAUGCAGUCUUUACAUGCUGUUGGAAAGCAAGACAAAAGCACAGUUUCUCAGACAUCUCAUGCAAAUACACUACAUGUACAAAAUAUGUGGACACCCCUUCAAAUUAAUAGAUUCAGCUAUUUCAGCCACACCCGUUGCUGACAGCCAUGCAUUCUCCAUAGACAAACAUUGGCAGUGGGUUGGCCUUACUGAAGAGCUCAGUGAUUUUCAAAGUGGCACCGUCAUAGGAGGCCACCUUUCCAACAAAUCAGUUCGUCAAGUUUCUGCACCUGCUAGAGCUGCCCCGGUCUACUGUAAAUGCUGUUAUUGUGAAGUGGAAAUGUCUAGGAGCAACAACGACUCAGCUGCGAAGUGGUAGGCCACACAAGCUCACAGAGCGGGACCGCCGAGUGCUGAAACACCUAAAAAAAAUCAUCUGUCCUCGGUUGCAACACCCACUACUGAGUUCCAAACUGCCUCUAGAAGCAACGUCAGCACAAUAGCUGUUCUUCAGGAGCUUCAUGAAAUGGGUUUCCAUGGCCGAGCAGCCGCACACAAGCCCAAGUUCACCAUGCGCAUUGCCUAGUGCCGGCUGGAGUGAUGUGAAGCUCGCCACGGUUGGACUCUUAAAGCAGUGGAAACGCGUUCUCUGGUGUGAUGAAUCACGCUUCACCAUCUGGCAGUCCGACGGACGAACCUGGGUUUGGCGGAUGCCAGGAGAAGGCUACCUGCCCAAAUACAUAGUGCCAACUGUAAAGUUUGGUGGAGAAGGAAUAAUGAUCUGGGGCUGUUUUUCAUGGUUCGGGCCCCUUAGUUCCAGUGAAGAGAAAUCUUAAUGCUACAGCAUACAAUGACAUUCUAGACGAUUCUGUGCUUCCAACUUUGUGGCAACAAUUUUGGGAAAGCUAUUUUCUGUUUCAGCAUGACAAUGCCCCCGUGCACAAAGGGAGGUCCAUAUAGAAAUGGUUUGUCGAGAUCGAUGUGGAAGAACUUGGCCUGCACGGAACCCUGACCUCAACCCCAUCGUUGAGGUCAGGGUUUGGGAUGAAUUGGAACGUUGACUUCGAGCCAGGCCUAAUCGGCCAACAUCAGAGCCUGACCUCACUAAUGCGCUUGUGGCUGAAUGGAAGCAAGUCCACGCAUCAAUGUUCCAGCAUCUAGCGGAAAGACUUCCCAGAAGAGUAGAGGCUGUUAUAGCAGCAAUGUUCCAACAUCUAAUGGAAAGCCUUCCCAGAAGAGUGGAGGCUGUUAUAGCAGCAAUGUUCCAGCAUCUAGUGGAAAGCCUUCCCAGAAAAGUGGAGGCUGUUAUAGCAGCAAUGUUCCAACAUCUAAUGGAAAGCCUUCCCAGAAGAGUGGAGGCUGUUAUAGCAGCAAUGUUCCAGCAUCUAGUGGAAAGCCUUCCCAGAAAAGUGGAGGCUGUUAUAGCAGCAAUGUUCCAACAUCUAAUGGAAAGCCUUCCCAGAAGAGUGGAGGCUGUUAUAGCAGCAAUGUUCCAGCAUCUAGUGGAAAGCCUUCCCAGAAGAGUAGAGGCUGUUAUAGCAGCAAUGUUCCAACAUCUAGUGGAAAGACUUCUCGUGGAAACGGAGACAAAAUCCAUAUUAAUGCCCAUGAUUUUGGAAUGAGAUGGUGUCCACAUACUUUUGCUCAUGUAAUGUACCAAUCAGUACACAAAUACUGCAGAGGAAGAAUGGUUGGUUUAAUAAAGAAUGGUUGGUUUAAUAAAGAAUGGUUGGUUUAAUAAAGAAUGGUUGGUUUAAUAAAGAAUGGUUGGUGUAAUAAAGAAUGGUUGGUGUAAUAAAGAAUGGUUGGUGUAAUAAAGAAUGGUUGGUGUAAUAAAGAAUGGUUGGUUUAAUAAAGAAUGGUUGGUGUAAUAAAGAAUGGUUGGUUUAAUAAAGAAUGGUUGGUGUAAUAAAGAAUGGUUGGUGUAAUAAAGAAUGGUUGGUUUAAUAAAGAAUGGUUGGUUUAAUAAAGAAUGGUUGGUGUAAUAAAGAAUGGUUGGUUUAAUAAAGAAUGGUUGGUUUAAUAAAGAAUGGUUGGUUUAAUAAAGAAUGGUUGGUUUAAUAAAGAAUGGUUGGUUUACAUUUUCUCAGUCGCUUUGGUGCAUUUUUCACAAAAUAAUAAGUGCAUUUCUCAGAACAAUCUGUACAAACUGCAAUAUACAAUAGAUAUGUUUCUAAAGCUAGUCAGUCACUAAAAAUCCUUAGUACAUCUCUCAAAAGUAAAUAUCCAUGCCAAUGAUCAUGUCAGUGUCACCAGUCAUUGAGUCAUUGUUCACGAACAAGGUCGUCAAAAUGUUUAGGCAUGUUGUCAAUCAAUGUAACUGUGUACUUUGACAGUAUUACCUGAUGUAAACUUAGGCUACAGUUUGGAUGACAGUUACUGUAUUGAAAAUGCACAAGGCUGCAGUUCUAUGUCAUAUAUCAAUUUUAACAGUGCUAUUUACAUAUUACUGUAUGUGGGUUAUUGAUUGAAAGAGACUGGACAACCCAAGGGGCACAAAGGGAAAAAAACUAAAUUAGAAAGAAACACAGGAAACCACCCCUAAGGCACAACUUUGCCCGCAGCACUGUUGUGCUGUCUCUACACAUCCAGACGUUCCUGUCUGUCAGCCCACAUAUUCUCUUCCACAUCACACCGGAUAUUUUCCCUUCCAAUGCAACGUGGAAAGAAUCUUUUGGAAUGCCUUAUCCAUCCUCUGCAGGCGUCUACUGUGAUGUCCUCACAUGCUGCAUCCAUUGCAGCCAGCAGGGUCAUCUAUGUGUGUGGCUGACGAUCGUACACCUUCCACCUCCAUGCUGAAAAUAACUCCUCAAUUGGGUUAAGGAAUGGUGAAUAAGGUGGGAGGAAUUCUAUGAGCAUCCUCGGGUGGGUCACAAACCAUUGCCUUAUGAUGUUUGAUCGAUGGAAACUCACAUUAUCACAAAUGACCACAUACUUUGGAAAAUCCUCUCUAAACAGACCCUUCUCAUCAUCAGGGAUGAGAGCCCUGUAGAGAGUCUCUAAAAAGUUGAGUAGAUGCUGGGUGCUGUAUGGCCCUAUAAGGGGGAUAUGGGUUAGGACACCAUGCUCCGAAAUAGCAGCACACAUGGUGAUAUUUCCUCCCCGUUGGCCUGGCAAAUCCACAGUAGCUGUGACCGAUGAUAUUCCGACCCAGCCUUCUGCAUUUGGUCAGGUUGAAGCCAGCCUCAUCCACGUAUACAAAGUUGUGAGAGGGUUCACUUGAUUCCAACUCCAUUAUACGCUAUAUCCCAGAACACACAGUUGGAUUUAUUUUGGUAAGGAAGAGUGACAUAAAAUGUACAUAUAUUGCAUGUUCCUUCCACAGCAAUGGAAAUGUGUGCAGUUUAUGCUUACUGUACUAUGUAUCACUAUAAAAUGUUGCUGUAAAGUAGUUACAUAGAUAUAUGUUUUACCUGUACAUACUGGUACCGUAGCUUCUGUCCUCAUUCCUUUGGAAUGGUACACAGUACAGCUGUUUCAUACUCAUCUGGUUUGAGAUGCUAACCGUACGGAUGUUUUCAAAGACAUCGUUGUCUUCUAUAAUGGUCCUUUGUAUUUCCCUGAGUCUCGUGGCAUUGUUUGCUCGGACCAUGGUGCAAAUAGCCUCCUCCUGUUGAGGUGUGAAAAGGCGUCCUCUGCCACCGGUUUGAGGUAAUCUUGCAGUCAGUCCUAUGUGGGGAAAAAUGCAGUGAUGCAUCGCACACUUUCACAUAGACAAAAACUAUGAGAACACACAUUUUACUGUAAAACAUACAGGUGGGUGCAUAUAAGGUGCAGUAUGUAUCUGUAUAGAGUAUAUUUCUGUAUGCUGUGAAAUACAAGUGGACUACUGUAAUAUGAAGCAUUGUAGGAAGUAAACAGUAUAUUGCUUAUAAUAUAAUAAUAAUAAUAAUAAUAUAUGCCAUUUAGCUGACGCUUUUAUCCAAAGCGACUUACAGUCAUGUGUGCAUACAUUCUACGUAUGGGUGGUCCCGGGAAUCGAACCCACUACCCUGGCGUUACAAGCACCAUGCUCUACCAACUGAGCCACAGAAGGAUAUUAUUAUAUUAUAUUAUUAUUAUAUUGCUUAUAUACAGUAACAGUGCACUGGUGGACAUACCUGUUCUCUCUUCGAAACAUUUGAACUAUUGAGGACACAGUUGAUCUCCCAAUAUUCGGCUGCACCCUUCGACCCGCCUCAGCCAUUGUAAGGCCAUGUUUGACAACAUGGUCUACAAUAGUGGCCCUUAUGUCAUCAGAUAUGCGCCUAUGUCCUCUUCUGCCUCUUCCUCUGUUUUGCCUUCCACCACGCAUCCUGGCUCCUCUUCUUCCUCCUCUUGGCUGUUGACCCUGUUCGUUUCCUGGUCCAUCCAUUAUUGGAAAAUUGCGACUCUGUGUUGUGGUCUGUCUAUAUAUGCUUGCCAAUUGAUUCUUCAUGAGAUGCACCUUUGAGCAAUUUAGACUGGUUGAUUGUUGGUUGAACUAACACCUGCACGAUUCAUCAAUAUACGUUUUUGUACAAAAGGUCUAAUAGACAUGUGUAAAACUAUGCUUGACAGUUUAUGACAAAUAGUUCAACAAUGUUGCAUGUAAUGGCUUAUGCAAGGAACUAAUGCCUAGAUGUUUUGAGGGGUAAGACUAUUCAACAGAGAACCAUCUACUAUAUUUUGAUCAACAUGACAUGAGCAAUUGAUCAUGUGAAAAAAAGCUGACACUUGUACAUUAUCAAUUGCAAUUUGUUCAAAGGAAUAAGAAAUUGCUUUAAUGAUGUGCACAAUGACUAGAUGAUUUGGAAUUUGUACAAGUAGUAUCAAGAAUUGCACUUUUGAUCUAAGAAACGCACCAAAGCGACUGAGAAAAACUGUAAUGAAGGAUGGUUGGUUGAAUAAAGUAUGGUUGGUUGAAUAAAGAAUGGUUGGUUUAAUAAAGAAUGGUUGGUUUAAUAAAGAAUGGUUGGUUUAAUAAAGGAUGGUUGGUUUAAUGAAGGAUGGUUGGUUUAAUAAAGGUUGGUUGGUUUAAUAAAGGAUGGUUGGUUUAAUAAAGAAUGGUUGGUUUAAUAAAGAAUGGUUGGUUUAAUAAAGGAUGGUUGGUUUAAUAAAGGAUGGUUGGUUUAAUAAAGAAUGGUUGGUUUAAUAAAGAAUGGUUGGUUUAAUAAAGGAUGAUUCAAAGUUAUGUUUGUGAGCAUCGAGUGGUGUUCUUGGUCGAUUACAACAAUCCAGCAGAAAAUGCAUUUCAACAGAGUUAUACAGAUGUAGGCUCUUCAUUUGAUCACCCUGCUGCAGGAUAACUUUCCU